UAGGAACGCAAUAGAUGGUCACUGCCAUAGGCCUCAAGCCCUCUAGCCUCACCUUGUGGGGAUUGACUGAGAUCCUGGCCUGCAAAUCAGUACUGCAGCACCUGGUUACUGGGGAGAUUAUGGUGACUGCAACUUUGUUUCUACUGCUGAUCUUUGGACAGAUACAGAAGGAUUAAUGGUUAAUCCCCAGCAGGAAUUUGCCAUAAAGGGAAGUCCCAAAGCACUUACCAGCCCUAUGUCCUACCAAAAAGACUCUAUGUGGUUUACUCAGACUACCAUAUUUGUGCUGGCACUCACCUGAAGAGGUAGGGACUUUUUGCCCCAUUUUUUCCCCCAGAAGCUUAAAAAGUUUGAAUCGCUUUCCGGAAGUUACACAGGAUAGGCAGGGAAUGGCAAAGGGAGGCAGGGCAACCCCUGGCACUAUUUAGUGUUGAGCAAGUGUGUCUGACCUUUCUGUUUACGUGGGAGCCCAAGAUGUAGGGAAGAGCUGACAUUCAGGGGCCUUGCUGCCUGGAAUUCCUUGAGGGACCUCAACAUCACAACAAAAUAUCGUUGCACACAUGUAACUACAGUCCUCAUCUUGUGCCCUCAGAAAGGGCAAUACAAGGUACAUGAAGAUGUUUCUGGCCCAACACUGACCUUCAGUCUUCGUAGAGCCAGGAGGCGCCAUGCUAGGUGAUAAGCCCCAGGAAGGCAAAGUCUCCCUCCCAGCCUUAGGCACAGAUUCGCUCCUGAAAGGGAGACAGCAAGCAUGAAGCUGGCCAAUGUGGUUGCGGGUAGAGGGGCUGUGACAUUCAGCAAACAGAGCAGAGCCAGGAUCUGAGAAGCUCGGCCUUCAGAUAACCUAUCUAACCCCCAACCCCCUCCAGAAAGGACUUUAGUCUCUGGAGUUGUCAGAUCUCCGAGUGGGAUAAGAGUUCCGUAGGAAGGUUGAAAAAGAAAGGAAGAAGACAGACAACAGCUGCCCGCUCUAGACAGGCACCAUGGAGCCAAACGGGUCCCAACUGCGGAGAAGAGAAGGCCUGGGAGAGGAGCAGGAGAAGGGAGCCCGUGGAGAAGGAAACACUAAGACGCACAGAGCCCCAGACUUGGUGCAAUGGACCCGACAUAUGGAGGCUGUGAAGACCCAGUUCCUGGAACAAGCACAGAGACAGCUGUCAGAGCUGUUGGAUCAGGCCAUGUGGGAGGCUGUGCAAGCCUACCCCCAACAAGACAGACCGUCUACUGCCCCAAAUACCACACACAAGACCCGGGAGUUACCCCACAUGAAACGGAAAGUUUUCAUCUCCCGAAAGUCGCUGCUCGACGAGCUGAUGGAGGUGCAGCAUUUCCGAACCAUAUACCACAUGUUCAUCGCGGGUUUAUGUGUCUUGAUCAUCAGUACCCUGGCCAUCGACUUCAUUGUCGAGGGCAGGCUAAUGUUGGAGUUUGACCUACUCAUCUUUAGCUUCGGACAGCUGCCCUUGGCCCUGAUGACCUGGGUUCCAAUGUUCCUGUCCACGCUGCUAGUGCCCUACCAGACCCUGCGACUGUGGGCCAGGCCAAGUGCCGGGGGCACCUGGAUGCUGGGUGCUGGCCUGGGCUGUGUUCUGCUGGCUGCCCAUGGAGCGAUGCUCUGCGUCCUCCCGGUCCAUAUGGCAGUGAAGCAUCAGCUUCCACCGGCCUCGAAAUGCGUGCUGGUCUUUGAGCAGGUCAGGUUCCUGAUGAAAAGUUACUCCUUCCUGAGAGAGACUGUCCCUGGGAUUCUUUGUGUCAGAGGGAAGAGUAUCAGUGCCCCUAGUUUCUCCAGCUACCUCUACUUCCUCUUCUGCCCUACACUCAUCUACAGAGAGGCAUACCCCAGGACACCCAGCAUAAGGUGGAAUUAUGUGGCCAAGAACUUUGCCCAGGCCCUGGGCUGUGUGCUCUAUGCCUGUUUCAUCCUGGCCCGCCUCUGUGUCCCUGUCUUUGCCAAUAUGAGCCGGGAACCAUUCAGCACCCGUGCCCUGCUGCUCUCCAUGCUGCAUGCCACAGGCCCAGGUAUCUUCAUGCUGCUCCUCAUCUUCUUCGCCUUCCUGCACUGCUGGCUCAACGCCUUCGCCGAGAUGCUUCGAUUUGGAGACAGGAUGUUCUACCGGGACUGGUGGAACUCUACUUCCUUCUCCAACUACUACCGCACCUGGAACGUGGUGGUCCAUGACUGGCUGUACAGCUACGUGUAUCAAGAUGGGCUAUGGCUCUUGGGCAUGCGAGCCCGCAAGGUGGCCAUGCUGGGAGUAUUCCUGGUGUCUGCGGUCGUGCAUGAGUACAUCUUCUGCUUCGUCCUGGGAUUCUUCUACCCAGUCAUGCUGAUGCAAUUCCUUGUGAUCGGGGGGCUGCUGAACUUCACCAUGAACGACAGACGCACAGGUCCAGCCUGGAACGUCCUGAUGUGGACCUUGCUCUUCCUGGGCCAGGGCAUCCAAGUCAGCCUAUACUGCCAGGAGUGGUAUGCUCGGCGACACUGUCCCUUGCCCCAGACAACAUUCUGGGGGCUGGUGACACCUCGAUCUUGGUCCUGCCAUCCCUAGAAGUCAAGGCACCGUGCUGCCCAGAUGAUGGUAUCAACUCUUCUGUGCCUGCAAAGCCCAGGGCUGGGCUCCUCACUGCACCCCCCCAUCCCGUUCGGAGUCAGAGACUUGCACACAGGACCUGCCAGGGGGAUACAGAGACUCAGGAACACAACUCUGUGGGCAGCUGACCACAGACUCAGUGUGGGGUGAUUCGAGCAGCAUCUGUGGACUGGGCACAGGUUACCUUCUUACCCAGGGCUUUCCCAAUGUGAGGCGACCCCGAGGAACAAGGGCCACUAAAUCUGAGAAGUGUCCGGUUCUUUCUACUCCUCCCCAUGCAACAAUAAAAUCUCUGUCCCCCUUUUCA